AUGUGGUACAGUAAUUUGUUCGUAGCAAAGUUACCACGUCACCUUUGUGACGGUGACUUGCUUCAAAUUUUUAGUAAUUUCAACCCACUUGGUGCUAAGAUAAUGUUAGACCCCUCCACUGGCAACAGCAAAGGAUUUGGUUUUGUACUUUUUGAUAAGGAGGAGGAAGGGAGGACGGCUUAUGAACGUCUCAACCGCAAACUCGUGCGUGUCUGCAAUAGCAGCUUCAACCUCCUCAUUUAUCCUUCACAACACAACGGCAAAGCAGUCACGUUACCAUCACGGGCAGUUUAUAUCCGAAAUAUCCCCACCACCAUGGGGGAACGGGAGGUGCAAAAUUUCCUUUCAAACCUCGCCCCUCUUGAGUAUUGCGCAAUGCGUGGAGAUCAUCACGGCAAUCCCGUUUGGGUUGUUUACGCUGAGUUUGACACCCCUCAGAACGCCCAACGGGUGCUGGAUAAAUUACACGGCAACUCCAACCACUUCGGAGGCCCUCCCAUCAUGGUUAAAUAUGCCGAUACCGACGAGGCGAAACGUGAGCGACGACGGCGGCGUGAAGAGGGACGACUGGCACCCGGACCUGCGCUGAAGGGCGCUUGCCUGUUCCCGCCUCCACGGCCCGGUGUUGUGAGUUUAAAUCAAACUCAGGUGUCGCAAUCCGCUACGGAAACUUCACCAUCAUGUUCCCCCGCUGCACAUCAUGUGACGAAAACGAAAAUGGUGGCACCGAUGGUGGAGGUAGAACCUCGGGCGCAACCGUUAUAUUUUUCAACCUCACCAGUGACAGCAAUGCCGCCACUGUUGCCAGUUGAUAUGAGUUAUGACGGGGCUGCUGCAACUGUGCCGUUACAAACUGCAGAUUGUCCAGCUGCCAAUGGUGUACUUGUGCUGGGCAAUGGACAACAGGUUUUUCUCACUCCCAAUGCUGUUAACUUGCACCCGACUAAAUUCAAUGCGCCACCUACUGCUCUUUUAGUGCCUGCGGUGGAUACAACACUCGUGCCACUUCCCCCACAGCGAACACUUGUAUAUGGACCCUGGUAA